AGGACCGACUGCAACCGCCAAGCAACAAGAUGCACACCAUCGGAGUGUGACUGGUGCCGGAUCACCACGCACGCCUCCACGCCGACAUUCGCUCUCCACCCUCCCCUGAUCCGUCUCCUGCUCCGACCUUCCUACACCUAUCCAAGCUCCACUGGAUCCUACCAAUGCGGCUAUAAAACCUCUCCUGACUCUACCACCGCCGCGCCUCCAUAACUGAUUUGCCGUGCCGUAGCUCUGCCUCUCCCGUGCGCACAAACCCCUCCGCCGCACUCUGACGCGCAUCGCCCUUCCAUUUCUGCCUCGUCGCUAAACCGGCGCCGAUCGGCCCUGCUGCCUCUGCCACCUCCGCGACAUUUGAAAUUGGUUAUUGAGGUGCCCAAAGGCCCUUGAAUGCAAUGGAAGGGGGUGCAACUGUAGCCGAUAAGGCUGAGUUCAAAGAGUGUUUACGCCUGACUUGGAGCCAGCCAUUUAUUCUUCGACUUGUUUUCUCUGCUGGCAUCGGCGGUCUUCUCUUCGGAUAUGAUACAGGUGUCAUAUCUGGAGCACUUCUGUUCAUUCGAGAUGACUUUAUUGCGUUGGAGAAGAACACUACUCUACGAGAAACAAUAGUGAGUAUGGCUGUAGCUGGAGCUAUUGUCGGAGCCGGACUUGGUGGUUGGAUGAAUGACAAGUUUGGGAGGAGGCCUUCCCUCAUCAUCGCCGAUAUCCUGUUCCUUGCAGGUGCCGCGAUCAUGGCCUUUGCCCCGAACCCAGCUGUUAUUAUCGUCGGUAGGGUCUUUGUUGGUCUUGGAGUUGGAAUGGCUUCCAUGACAGCGCCAUUGUACAUCUCUGAAGCCUCCCCGGCUAGGAUAAGAGGUGCGCUGGUGAGCACAAAUGGCCUUCUUAUCACUGGAGGGCAGUUCAUGGCAUACCUUAUUAAUCUGGCCUUCACCAAGGUUCCGGGAACCUGGAGGUGGAUGCUUGGCAUUGCAGGAGUCCCUGCUCUUCUUCAGUUAGUACUAAUGUUAACACUUCCAGAAUCACCAAGAUGGUUAUACAGGCAGGGUAGGAAAGAGGAAACUGCAGCGAUCCUCCGGAAGAUUUACCCUGCCAAUGAGGUGGAACAAGAGAUCGAAUCCCUGCGUAAAUCAAUUGACGACGAGAUACUCCUGGAGGGGUCCAUAGGCGAGCAGGGCAUGCUUGGCAAGCUGAAGAAGGCAUUUGGAAGCAAGGUUGUCCGUCGUGGUCUCAUGGCCGGCAUCAUCGUCCAGGUCGCCCAGCAGUUCGUCGGCAUCAACACCGUCAUGUACUAUAGCCCGACGAUCGUCCAGCUGGCGGGCUUCGCCUCCAACGACACGGCCAUGGCCCUCUCCCUCAUCACCUCGGGGCUCAACGCCAUCGGCUCGAUCGUGAGCAUGUUCUUCGUGGACAGGGCCGGCCGGCGGCGCCUGAUGCUCCUCAGCCUGGUUGGCAUCGUCGGGUGGCUCGCCGUGCUCGGCGGCACGUUCCUUGGGGCGGCGCACAAUGCACCGCCCGUCAGCGAGCUGGAGAUGCAGCCGUUCGCCAACCAGAUGUGCCCGGAGUACAAGCCGAGCGUCCACUGGAGCUGCAUGGACUGCCUCAAGGCCGAGUCGACGUGCGGGUUCUGUGCUCACCAAGGAGAUACGCUUCUUCCCGGCGCGUGCCUGGCGCUGAGCAACGAGACGAAAGGGGUGUGCCACGCCGACCACCGCGAGUUCUACUCGGAGGGGUGCCCCAACAAGUUCGGGUGGCUGGCGCUGCUCGCGCUGGGCGCGUACAUCGUCUCCUACUCGCCCGGCAUGGGCACCGUGCCAUGGAUCGUCAACUCGGAGAUCUACCCGCUGCGGUUCAGGGGCGUCUGCGGUGGCAUCGCUGCCGUGGCGAACUGGGUGUCCAACCUCAUUGUGACGCAGACGUUCCUGACCCUGACCAAGGCGCUGGGCACGUCGGCCACCUUCUUCCUCUUCUGCGGCGUCUCGUUCCUGGCCCUCGUCGUGGUGUUCUUCACCGUGCCGGAGACCAAGGGCCUGCAGUUCGAGGAGGUGGAGAAGAUGCUCGGUAGCAAGGACUACAAGCCUUGGAAGAGGUACCGCCCCGAGGCGCCGCUCAAGGGGCGCGAAAUCGGCCUCGUUAUACCGUAAUCUGCACAUCUAUUUGAGUUCUUUGGUUACGAGUAGGAAUAAUCUCGUAGCACGUAGAGACCUCCGUUGCCGAUAUAUAUAUUUUCCAAGAAGGAAACGGAAGCGUUUAGUCAUUUCUAGUCAUUUGUUGAUAUAUAUUAGCACAGCUUUCCUCUUGUGUUUUAGAACAUGUAAUCAAUCUUUAUUUCAGUGUUGGAGUGAUAGGAAGCUCUAGCACUAUUACAUCGGAGCUGUUCAAAAAUCAGAGCAUUCAAUUAUAUUGGGUUUCAAGUGGUC